UGGAGCGCGGCUGCUCCGCCGCCGAUGGAUGCAGCGGCGGGCAGCGCCCUGGGCUGGCUCUGCGCGGGGGUCUCCACAUUUUUGGGGCUGCAGGCGCUGUGCAGGGCCCGCAGCAGCCGGCGGGGCAGGGCCAGGGCGCUGCUGUGGAGCCUGCUGCCCGCGGGGCUGUGUGCGGGAGCGCUGGGCGCCGCCGGGGCGCUGGCGCUGUUGGCGGCCGUGUGCCUGCUCCGCGCCCUGUGCGGGGACAGCGACCUGCUGCCCGUGCGGGACAGAGCCGUGCUCAUCACAGGGACUGACACUGGGAUUGGACAUGCACUGGCUAAAUACCUGGACAGCCUGGGUUUUGUGGUGUUUGCUGGGGUUCUGAACAAGGAUGGCCCUGGAGCUGAGGAGCUGCGGCGCUCCUGUUCGCAGAGACUCUCUGUUCUGCAGCUGGAUGUCACCAGUACUACUCAGGUCAAGGAGGCCUAUCUGACAGUCUCAGAGAAGGUGCAAAAUGCAGGGCUCUGGGGUGUCGUGAACAACGCAGGCAUCCUGGGCUUCCCUGCUGAUGGGGAGCUGCUCCCCAUGAGCACCUACAGGCACUGCAUGGAGGUGAAUUUCUUCGGGGCCGUGGAGGUGUCCAAGACCUUCCUGCCCUUGCUGCGGAGGUCGCAGGGGAGGCUGGUGAACAUGUCCAGCAUGGCAGGAGGCAUUCCACUACCGAGGUAUGCUGCUUACGGGGCAUCCAAAGCUGCUCUGUCCAUGUUUUCUGGAGUAAUGAGGCAAGAGCUUUCCAAAUGGGGCAUUAAAGUCAUGGCAAUCCAUCCAUCAGGCUUCAGAACAGGUAUCGAGGGCACGGCUGAGCAGUGGGACCAGCACGAGAAGGAGCUGAUGGAGAACCUCCCUGCAGACACCAGGCAGGCCUAUGGGGAGGAAUAUCUCCUGGGGCUGAGGAAUUACCUGCUGCACCUGCCCUCCCAUUGUGCCCCUGACCUGUCCCCUGUGCUGGCUGCUGUCCUGCACGCUCUGCUGGCCAGGAGCCCCCAGGGCCUUUACACCCCUGGCAGGGGGGCCUACGUCCCCCUCUGCAUCUUCUGCUGCUUCCCCCUCUGGUUCUACGACUUCUUCAUCAGCAAGAUGCUGAGUGCUGGCUCUGUUCCAAGGCAGCUGAGGACUUCAGGAGAUGAAGGCAAGAAUCUCUGAGGUGUCCCCUGGUGUUUCUCUCACCGGGUGGGGUAGCUGGGAAGAACUCUGUACAGACUCUGCUGCUUAUUGUGCUUUAAGUUGCAUUGACACCAUGUUGCAAAUCUUUGUGUUGAGAGUAAUGUUUGGGAAAAGCAGUGGAUAAACAUAAAUAGAAAGCUGUUCCCAGAUGGGGCAUUUUUUGAGGGGUUUCAGUGUUUUCCUGUUGUCUUCGUAUCCUGCUUUCUGUGUAAGGUACCUCAUGAAAUUAUAUAAUUCCUGUCUGCUUCUAAAGGCAUCACCAGCACACAGAGAUGCAGAACAUGUUUUGUUAAAGCAAAACAAAAACCCCUAGAGAGUUACCAACCUUAAAUCUUAUAAGAAGUUAAAUAUAUUCCUGUUGUUAAAGAGACUUAGAACUGUGUAAUCCAAGUCUUUUUCUCUACAGCUUCAGCCUAAUAUGUUUGGGGUCUGGUGUUUUCAUUCUGUUGCUGUUGAACCUGAGAAAUUAUUGUCCUUUUCCCCCAAGUUUUGUAAUGUAUAGUUUUAAAGUUUGUAAUGUGUUCUCUUUGCUAGAAUAAGCAAUAUGCAUUAGUUGGUGGGGGGGAUGAAUGCAAACAGAUCAAGAUCUUUAUGAAGAGAGAAACCAUUUCCUUCCUACAGUAAUAAAAAUAGUCAAAGUGGGUGUAUCAGCUGCUAAUUUGAUCUGUCAGGGUCAUUCUGUACACUGCCUGUAUAUCCCUGUGCUUAUCUAAUUGUUAGUAAACUCUGAUGUCACUUCUGCUUUUUGUACAAUUUCUUGCUUAUGUUUGGGUUUACAAAGAAUUCAUGUUUUUGCCCACUUUUCCUCAUACCUUCUUAUGUCUCCCUGUGCUUUUGGGGGGAGCUUGUGCUCACUUGUCUGAGAUCAGCCACUCUUCAUGUGGCUUUGCUGGAGUCCAGUGUCCAAUUUCUGAUGGAUUUGGGUUGCUCCCCUUCCCUAAUUUCACUCCAGGAGCACUAGGUGCCCUCCCUGAUGCCCCAUACCAUAAACCCCUCAGCAGUGGCAAGUGUUUGGGGACUCAUCUGUAUUUUCCCUAUCCUAUUCCCUUUUUACAUUUUCUGUCACAUCCUUGAAAGGCUGUGAUAUUUUGAAGGAAAUCCUCAUCCUUCCAACUCCCAUGGUUUGGCCAUGUGUCCUGUCUUUGACAAGAUGCAUUUCUUUUCCAGUGAUGAAAAACUAAAAGUGAUCACAUUGUGAGCUUUAAGUGCAGGCACAUUCACAAAUUUUUCCUUUCCUUUCUGAGCAAUUUCUAACUCUUCUGUCCUAAUCCUACUUGUGUGAUGUGCUCUUGCACCCAACUGGACAAAAUCACAAUUUAAUUUGCAGCUAUAGAAUUUAUUCCAUCACUGUCCUGUGUCUGUUACCUCAGUGCAAGACUCCUGUAAAUGCACAGAGGAUGCUCAGGCCACCUUUUGAAUCUGUGCUGCAGCUGGGAGAACCCUCCUGUCCUGUACACUUUGUCACAAUAGCUGCUUUUUCUUCUGAGGUCACCUGGUGGGUUUGUAUCAGCAGCCUGGUUGCAGAAUUUUGCUUUCCUUGGAGAAAGUGUACUCAAUGUUUUGAACUCAGGAAAUCUGAGACUAUUUCUCUCUCUCUCUCUCUUUUCCAGUUUCUUCCUUGAUCUAUUUCCCCAAUUUUUUAAUGUGUCAGCAAAAAUGUGUAAUA